AUGCAUUAUUUGUCUGAAAAAUUUUAUGGUAAGCUUGAUACAAAUGUCUAUUACUAUUAUUAAGUCAAAAAUGAAAAUGAAAAUUAUUGCGCAUCUUUCAAUUAUUAAUGUUCCUUUUUGAAUAAUUUACUAUUCAAUAAUUAUGUUGAUCAUACAUAAGAUAAGUUAAAACCUAAACUUAUGUAAAAUGUAUAGACUAAUUAUUAUUUUCAAGGUUUUUGAAUUUGUCGAAUUUUUAUAACAAAAUAAAAAAGCAUAUUUUAAAGAUUCCUCAAGAAGAGAACUUGAAAAAAGUUUUGAACAAUAUUAUUAAAUUUGA